AGUUGUCAACAUUAUUUUUAGGUUAGAAAAAUGUAAACAAAGCAUUAAUCAUGCAUAAAAAACUAAGAAACUUAUAAAAUAACACUUGUUAAUUAGCGGAAAAUCUGCGUUUUUAAAAUCUAUUUAGUGAAACAUUUGAUUAUUUCUUCAGUGACAAUUGGUGUUUAUUUUUGUUUUGGAAAAAUUUAUAGUUUUACAAUAUCUACUGGACGUUUAAAGUUUUUAUGUUGCAAAAAAACAGUGCAAAAAUUUAUUGAAUAAACACAUUAAAAAAUAAGAUGAAUCUUCAAUGAAGAGGAUUUAAUGAAGAAGAAGAGAAAAAAAUAUGAGAUAAUUAUUUUAAUUGGUUGAAACUGGAAAUAUAUUGAGAAAACAAUAGUCAGAGACACGGCACGCGUGAUAAUAGCGGAAGCAACUUAGUGUUCUUUAAACGGCUUAAAUGUCGUUGAUUGCAGUAGGAGGUAAAUGAGAGUUUCCAAAGGAACGAAGAAGAUUAAGAGUUUUCAAGAGGGUGACGAAAGAGACUCUCGCUUAUAGGGGGGUUGGACGGGAAGCAUAACUGCACAACAACAACAACAGCAGCAGCAGCAGCAGUACCGCAGAAAUCGAUUGUGCGUUCUCCAGAAGAGAUCUUAACGAGCGAGAAAGAAAAAGAGUGAGAGGAUCCAGUUUUUUUUUUUUACAAUUGUGAUUAUUUCUCAAAAUUUAUAUCAAUUUUGACUCUUAUUUUUUGAUUUGGAAAAUUAAAUUCAAGUUCGAAAUGUGUUCUAUGGCAACUCGAACCGGUUGCCACGCUCUUAAAAUAGUUUCUCCAGCGUAAAAGAAACAUACGUGCGUGGAAAUACUCUUUUGUGAAGGGAGCAGAGAGAGAAAGAGAGAAAGAAAGAGAGUCAGUUUCAGGAAAAAAAAAUGACGAGAACACGAGUAAUAAUUGGACUGGGAACAGCGACAAUUGUCUUUUUAGCAAUAACGAGCUUUUCGAAAGCUUGUAAUGAGGCAAUUUGCGCCAGCGUCGUUAGUAAAUGUAUGCUCACAGGAAGCUGCAAGUGUGAUUUAGUAACUUGUACCUGCUGCAAGGAAUGCUUUCAUUGUUUAAGCUAUUUUUAUGAAGAAUGCUGUUCUUGCGUUGAUCUUUGUCCAAAACCGAAUGUCACUGACAAUCCUCUGAGUAAAAAAUCUCAUAUCGAGGAAUUUAGUGAACCAGUUCCGGGACUUUUUCUCGCUCUCACAGCAGAUAUUGAUCCUCAUAAACGAUGGAUCACUUAUACAUUUCCAGUAGAUUUUAAUGUCACUAUGUUUAAAUCAAAACAAGAACAUGAACCGAAAUAUUAUAUGAAAUCCGUUGAUGCAGAAUCAAAGCAUCCUCAAAAUCCAAAUGUGGUGACAGUGAAUUGUACAGUUGCCUAUAUGGCGCAAUGUACAUCCUGGACUAAAUGUAAAGCCUCAUGUCAAAGUAUGGGAGCAACGAGCUUUCGUUGGUUUCACGAUGGAUGCUGUGAAUGCAUAGGAAAUACCUGCAUCAAUUAUGGAAUUAAUGAAUCAAGAUGUCUUCAUUGUCCCCUUGAUAAAGAAGAUGACGAUCUCAAGGAUCAAUAUGACGACUAUGGACAGGACGAAGAACUCAACGAGGAUGAACUCGAUUAAAAAGGAGAAAAAAAGCAAAUAAUUUUUCAUUCGAUCUGAAUUUCAAAAAAAAAAAAAAAAAAAAAAUUCCGGUCACUAGAAAAAAUUUGCAAAUCUUAUAAUUUUAAAAUUAUACAGAAUGGACAUUAAAUAAAAAUCAAAUGUAAAAGAAUUUUACAUUUGAUUUUGGACAAAAUUUUCGAAAAAAAAAAGAAUGAACAAAUUGUCAGUGAAUCGAAACGAAGCUGGAUUUUGGUUUGAGAUUCAUAUAUACAUAAAUAUAUAUAUUUUUUUAAAACUUGUCGAAGUUUCGAUGAAACAAAAAAAAAAAAAAAAAAAAAAUUGACAAUAACUUAAAGAAAAAGAGGGCCAAAAAAAUCAAACAGAUUACAAAACGAGUCGAUCAUGACAAUAACUUUAAAAGAAAGAACAAAAAAAGUUUGUGGAGGGCCAGACUUAACGAUUCUUAUGGAUCACUUUUAUUGUGCAUUAUAGUUAGUUUAUAUAUAUUUUUCUCAUGAUUAUGUUUAAUAUCUAAGGCAAUAUUACAUGUGUUUUCCGUACGAUGAUAUUUAAGAACAAUAUAUAAUUAUCGCACUGUGCCAUAAAAAAAAAUAAAAUAAAAAAUUGUACAUAUGA